AUGCUCGCCAUCAGGGACAUUGACCUUUUUGAGGGCAUAGCGACACAGUUGCCAUGGGAGCACAGACCUGUGGAAGUGAUCAAGGAACUGCUGGGACUUUCUGCUGAUCUGCAGGCACGAGACCACAACGGCUGCUCUGCUCUGCAUUACGCUGCUCACAUCAACAGCUGUCUGGCGGACGAGAUCCUACAUGUUCUGGUGGAGGCUCUAAGUCACACAGAUUCUGUCCCUGUGUCACCCUUGGCCCAUGACAAACACUCAUACCAGGAUCUGGACUUAGAGUUUGGAGAUUCAGACAUAGAGUUGGACAUUGAGAGCCUUUAUCCUAAUCAGUCGACAGGAGCCUCCCCCACGCUGACACAUCAGCACCACUUUCUACUAUACAGCCAUACCAGGGAAGUGCUAGAGUCUCAAGGGUGUCCUCCUCUGUCUGACCAUCAGAAAGACCUCAACCAAGAUAAGGGGAUCCCCGACUGUUUCCAAAAUGCCAUGGAAACACUGAGAGACAUCAGGCAGACCUAUCAGGACACAGGGAGGAGGAACAGCAGAGGUAUGUCUCUGCCCAGUUUGAGCAAAACCAGCAGACACUGGGCUCAUGUGGAUGCUCCUCCGACACCUGGCUUGCUGAGCACCAGGACUCUCUGCCAGCCGACACCCCCCACACACAGACAGAGAACAAGAAGUGUGGUUGUUGCCUCUCCACCCUCCCACAGCCUGUUGUCAGUGGCGGAGUCCAGCCAGCUCAGCCAGUCUGCCCCCAGCAUCAUGGAACCACUACUGUGUCCGAACACUAUGACGCAGGCCAGAGCACACAUCCAGAGUCGGCUGGCCUCUCAAAAUGCUGUAAAUGAGCAAAAGGGUUUUUUGCCAGUUCUACGAACUCCCAAGCUGCUGGCACCCCUGGAUGGCCGACCCAGAGCCACCACAGUACUAAAGCAACGUGUCCCCCUGAAGCCCAUCAGCCAGAGCUCCCUUUGCUCCAGGACCCAGCUGAGGAGAGAGAGGCUGUCCUGGGGCAGCAGCCCUCUGACCACUAAAGCUGGCAGUGAAGAAAGUGGAUCCAGCUGCAGCAGCAGCCAGAGUUCUGUCGACCUGGAGGAUGAGGAUGAUGACAGGGAUGUACAUGAGAGAAAUUUUGAAGGCAGAAAUCUAAAGUUUUUUGGGGAUGGAUUGUUGCAGCAUUCAAAGGGUUUAAACUCCUCUGAAGCUGAACUGGCUGGAAAGACAAGGCUGCAUUUUAAAGCUGAGCCAAGGAUGAGCCAUGUUCCACUGAGCCACAGAUCAGCAUGUAACCGGGAGGAAGACCUUAUCAAUCAAACAAGUGAGCCUCUCUGCAUUGAAAAAAUGAUGAACUCUCACUCUGCAGGCAAAACAACCCAUAUAAAUUAUACAAAAGAAUCUGCUGACAUUGAGGCCCAAAAAAUCUGUGCACAAAAAGGAGACACGGUGAUUCUUGCUAAAAUAUCUGUGAAUAAUGAAAUACCUAUCACAACAGAGAGCAAUGUGGACUACUCUGGAGAGUCUGAGACCGAGAUGAGCCAUGGAAUUACAUUUACUGUGAAUGAUGACCAAGAUGAUGCCACUGUGUGCUCUGAAUGGAAAUAUACAGAUGAAUUGCAGCAUGUGAAACAGAACAAGAAGGAUUCCUGUCAUGAAGAAAACCAGGCAGACAAACCUCUUGUUUGUACUGCAGUGGAUGCAAAGUUAAAAACCGCAACUGCUGUGGGAAAAACUCGGCUAUUUCCUGCACCUGUAAAUCUAAAUCUGUCUGAUGUGGAUCCCAAAAGAGACGAGAAAAUGUUUCAAGCCUUAAAGCUUGCCCAGCACAAGGAGAAAAGAACCAGCAUGAACUGUGACCAGAGAACAAACAGCCAAACUAUCCAGUCUUUUAACACAUUGGCACAUAAAAAUCGAAGCACCCCCUGCUGGAAUAAGUCCAAAAGCAACCUGAAGUACUGCUCAUUUUCCACUCAAGUCAAAGAUAAAACCAGGAAGAGCCCUGAGCUAGCUGUUGGCAGAGAAGUCCCUUUAACUAAAGUAAAAUCAAAGAUUAAAUCUGUUAAAGGCGCCCAUUGUAGCACCAGUACACCAUCACCACGAAAGAAGCUGAUGGAUCAUCCACAGUGUAAAAGAACAAAUCCUGACAAGUUGAACUGCAACAGAACUCAACAGCACACACCAGUGAGGGAGAUGAAAAGUGCCCAGCAGCUGAAAAAGUCCUGUGUAGGCGAGAAAACACCAAGGUCAAAAUCUGCAGUGGACCUCAUCACCUACAAAGACAUGUUUCAGCAGAUACAGAAUGUGAAUGAAGGGCCAGCCAUCUAUGAGAUGUUUUCUGGUCCGAUCUAUGAAAACCUCCGGGUUUCCAGCUCUUGUGAAAAACCAGUGGAGAAACCAGUGCAGUGUUGUCCAUCUAGGAAGACAAACCAGAGUCAUAAGGUCAAACACAGGCCACUGAAACCAGCACAGAGUAAACUAAGGAAAAGCCCAGAGGAGAGUACGCUAGUUUCAGCUAAAAGCAAAGCAAAAUCAGCGUCGUCCAGGAUGAAGCCUCACCUCACACCUGUGUCAAACAACAAAACAGAGAAUAUUCCUAAACUAGAGGCUGAGUUAGUCCUUACAAAGGAUGUAGACAUCUAUCAUAACACUGCACAAGACAAGCAUGACAGUCACAUGUCAUCUACCAUAGAGGAGGCUCUUUUAAGGUAUGAGUCUGAAACAUUAAAAUCUGAUGGCAAAACUCUACCAACAGCUUCCCCUCAUGCUCAAGACUAUAGUCCCACACACAUGUUUAUGCAAGAAACAAAUGCAAAUUCAUCAACGGUAAAUGCACACCGGCCAAUCCCAGAGUCCAUCUUAUCUCAAAGUCCUCAACAGCCAAAGAUCAACACAUGGACAUCGUCUAGCAGCGGCAGCCAAACCAUCAUGUCACCAGUUUACCAGAAGUUUCUAGAUGAGGCGGGGGACGGGCCACUUACAGAUGACCUACUGCAGUGUCUGGCAGAGGAGCUGAUCUCACUGGAUGAGAGAGAUGUAUCUGUAGGACCACUUCCUGAUAACCUGGAACAGAGCAGAACGGAGUCCAACAAAGAGGUUGGUCCUGCAUCAGGAUUAAAUGCAUUUCCUGAGGUUGUUCCACUUGACACCUGUGCUCUGCUUGGCUUUGGGUUGGCUGUAGACGGCACCAUCACAUGGACAAAGGGUGAAGUGCUCGGCAGGGGCGCCUAUGGCACAGUGUACUGUGGACUCACCAGUCAGGGCCAGCUGAUAGCUGUGAAGCAGGUGAGCCUGGAUUCCUCCGACCCUGAUGCUGCAAAGAAAGAGUACAGUCGCCUGCGGGGUGAGGUGGAGCUGCUUAAAACUCUCAGUCACAUCAACAUCGUAGGCUUCCUGGGGACCUCGCUUUAUCAGCACGUGGUUUCCAUCUUCAUGGAGUACAUCCCAGGAGGAUCCAUUGCCAGCAUCCUUCACAGGUUUGGUCCACUGCCAGAGCGAGUCCUGGCUCUAUACACCCAUCAGAUCCUGGAGGGGGUGGCCUACCUUCACCUCAACAGGGUGAUUCAUCGGGACUUGAAGGGAAACAACGUCAUGCUGAUGCCGACUGGCAUCAUCAAGCUCAUAGACUUUGGUUGUGCACGACGUCUCAGUUUUCUAAACCACACAGCUUCUAACAGUGGAGACCUGCUCAAGUCUGUUCAUGGCACACCGUACUGGAUGGCACCAGAGGUUAUCAAUGAGACAGGAUAUGGCAGGAAGUCUGACAUAUGGAGUGUGGGUUGCACAGUGUUUGAAAUGGCAACAGGCAAACCCCCACUGGCACACAUGGACAAGAUGGCUGCCUUGUUCUACAUUGGGGCUCAGCGAGGGCUGAUGCCUUCUUUACCAGAUGCAUUCUCAGAUAAUGCCAAAGAUUUUGUGAAUAUUUGCUUGACAAGAGACCAGAAACUACGUCCAUCAGCUGACCAGCUGCUGAAACAUUCGUUCAUCCCCAAAAACGAGACAGAUGUGAAUUCUUGGGAAACGCAGAAGAAGAACUGCUGUGGUCACUCAGAGGGACUGUGUGGUUCAAUCAGGAGUUAAAAUGUUUAAGAGGGCAUUAGAUUAGUUGAUUCAUACUGGUGACUCAAAACAUCCAGUAUUGUUUUGUGAGCCAAGAAGGGCUCAGCACCUAUCACCAGUGAAGCAGCAAUAGUGUCAAUGUUAGGAUGGAAGUUUCAAAAUAAAAGCACUUUUAUAAUUUUUUUUGAUACAAUAGAACCUAAAAAAUGUGAAUGAAUAGACAGAUUUUUGUGACUAACUUGGGUUUUUUUCUCUAGUUUUCUUAUAAAUGUGCCAAUUUUAUACCUUCUUUGUAAAUCUAUACAGUGCAACUACAGGUUUCUGUGCUGCAUGGUCUAUAAAUGUUUUGAUAAAAUGUCAUAUCUAUACUGCAGUAUAACAAUGAAAUAAGCAUCAAAUGUGAACUACUACUUUUUAGCUUUUCGUUUGAAUCGAUGUGAAAUCACAAUUGUGCUCAAACAACAUGCUACUGACAGCUUUUCCUUACAUUCAACACAAUACAAAGUGUCUCUUCUCCUAGAGUUCGGCAAAUGGAUCGACAACACUGUGUGUGAUAAAAUGACAAACAACCAGAAUUUAUAGUGUCAGGGUAGUGGCAACUUCGAAGUUUAUUUGGAAUAUUGAAAUGAAAGGGGGGGAUGAGAAGAGUGGCUUAUGCUCAUUUGUCUAAAACUGCCCUUGUUCUGUGCCCAACUGUAAGUCUCUAAGCAGGGUACAAACAAUUCAGCCUCAGUCUUUUUACGUAUUUUGCACACUCCAAAACAAAACAGUACCCCAGUCAGGAACAGAGGGGACUUGGUGAUGUCAAGAUAUUAAACAACAGAGUGUUUACUGUAUGAAAGUGAUGGGACGCUGUGUCUGGACUGCUGUAAUUGUAAAUUCAACCACUUAGAUGAGGAAGUCAGAGACACAAAAACCUAUCAAGCAUGUCAACAUUGCAGAUACUUGAGGUUUCCUACAUAUCAGGGGGAUCAUCUUGCAUACAGCCAAUUAGUCACUGCUCUAACGUUGAAAUAAGCCAGCAAUAUUUUUCCUGAACAGUACCCCAGUCAUGGUUGAUUGAAGAAAUGUGUCCCCUUUUUGGGCUGACAUCAGAGGGGCUACAGCUUCAUGUCAUGAAAUGUCUCAUGCACUUCAAAGUAAAAAGGGUUAUGUAAACUUUAAGAGCACACUACUACUGUCUGUAUCAGCUUUUUUUUUUUCUUUUUGAGGCACAACCUUUGGCAUCCAGCUUAAGGUCUACUUAGAGGUCCAAAAAAUAUUUUUUGGUACAAAUUGCAUCUCUCUGAUGUGAUAAGUAGGUGUUGGAUGUGCCAGUUGCUGAGGGGAUCAACUGAUAUUUCCUGUGAUGGAAACCUAUAGUACAUCACUGUCUAUAGCAAGGCUGUAAGAAGCACACACCACUGGAAUGCUGCAAUCAUUCACAAGAUGAUGCCCAAUCCACUGAUCAACAAAAUAAAACUCUUUUAUAGGUAUUAUAUUUAUCUUGUUAUACUUACAAGCAGCUCCAAACCUGAGUAGUCAUAGUAUAGCUUUUUUUUCUUUAAACAUACAAAAAUGUAUGUACAUUUAUCUCCAUUUUCUGUAAACAGCAAGUAAGCACUCUCUUUUUAAAUCCCUUUGAUGAUUGAAACAUGCAAAUCAUAUGCACAGUACUUAAGUAUAAAAAGAAACCAAGACAAGAAAGUAAUGGAGGAGAUGAAACUUUACACCGAAAAAAAAAUA